CCACCAUUCCCCUUUCUUCCUAUAUGUGUGUAUCGGGGCUUGGCUAUAAAACUAAGGCCCUUUGCCUGUGUGUUUCGCAAUUGUUGCAAGUCCUUCAUCACAAUGACUUUAAACUGUCUGACUUCCCUGUUGGUAGUGGUGGUGCUGAUGUCGACAUUUCUUCCUGCUGCACCAAAUCAAGUUCCUGUUCCACUGGAGAACCCUCGAGAUUCCGAAUUAAUAGUUGAGGUUAGCAAAAUUUUAUGUCGUGGUCGCAUCAAAGUGCUCUUCGUCUAUUUUGAGAAUCAGUUAACACACGAUCACUCCGGCGAGAUAUUACGUGAGGUGACCAAGUGUGAUAUAUCCUACAUAUCUCUCCGCAAAAACUUUCGUCCGCUAGAGGCUGUGAAGGAUGACGGUAUAUUGAUGUACAUGGUCAUGAUCAUUAAGGAUAUUUCGCAGCCUCUGAAGCUAUCGCUAAUUAACAAAAAAUCUGCUGCCAAGCAUCUGUCGCACGUCAUAUUACUUGUCCGGGAUUCCACGAAACUUUCGUUGGGUUGGAUGCGAGCCAGCUUUCGGCAAUUCUGGACCAUUUGGCUACUGAAUAUUGUGAUCAUAUUUUGGCGUAAUGAUCGUCUGCAUGUGUAUCGCUACAAUCCCUUUACGAACGACUUUCUGUUGCAGCUGCCCUUGAAGCGGGGCGAACUGCCCACAAUGGGGCAACUGUUUCCCACAGCGAUACCAAAUAUGCAUCGGAAACCAUUGCGAAUGUGUCUCUACAUGGAUGAGGUACGAGCCGUCUAUGGUCCGAAUGGCCAAGUUAUGGGCACUGAUGGUCUGCUCUCCGAUUAUAUUGCGGAACGUUUAAAUGCCACUCGAAUCAUCACGCGACCGAUAACAUACUCAAUGCACAAUCAGACAGCUGACUUGUGUGCUGUAGAGAUUGCCAAUGAGUUCGAUGACAUCGCCAUGAACAUUCGAUUUCUUGCCCCGGGCACCUUUCAGAAGAGUGCCGAGUGGACAGUUGCCCACAGCCGCGAUGAUCUGUGCGUGAUUGUGCCCAAAGCCAAGUCAGAGCCAAUCUUCUGGAACAUAUUUCGUUCGUUUGGUGCUCUGGUUUGGUUAUCGAUACUGAUCUCUAUGAUUCUGGCGAAUGUCUGCUGUUAUGCUCUCAACCAGGAACGCGAUAGAUGGCUGCCACUGCAGCUCUUCUGCUGCAUCUUGUCGCAGCCCGUGUGGCACACGCCGCGCAAUAUUUCGCUACGUGUCUUUCUCGUCUUUUGGCUGUACUUCGCCAUGCUCAUCUGCAAUGCAUUCAAGUGCAAUCUGACCAGUAUGUUGGUCUAUCGCAAGCCGCUGCCGGAUAUCAAUGAUCUUGGUUCGCUGGCUGCUUCGCCGUAUAAGAUACUCGUGCGUCCGGUUCACAUGAAGCAUAUUAAGCAGUUCCUGAAUAAUGGUCACCAGUAUGAGGCUCAGAUUUGGAAGCUUAUGGUUGUGGUGCCCGAUCGGUUACUUCUCAACAAUUUAAAUCGCAACGUACGCUCAUUUGCCUAUCUGGAGAAGUAUCACAUCGCCAAGUUUCAGGUGAAUGCCCGACAACAUAUGCACACGGGACGUCCCGUGUUUCAUCUGAUGAACAGUUGCCUGGUGCCAUAUCAUGCUGUCUAUACUGUGCCAUAUGGAUCACCCUAUUUGGGAUUCUUCAACAAACUCUUGCGCAGUGCCUAUGAAUUUGGAUUCGAGCGUUAUUGGGAUCGCAUCAUGAAUUCAGCAUUCAUUAAGUCCGGAACGAAAGUACAUCGCAGUCGACGGAGCAACAACGGCGACGAUCCGGUCGUACUUAAACUGGAGCACUAUCACGCCGUGUUCUUUCUUUGGGCCAUUGGCGCUCUGUUGUCGUUUUUGGGGUUCUUAUGGGAGUUGCUAGCUCGAAACUAGGCCAGAACAAAACACAAAGCACAAACGCUAAGCAAGGCAAACAUGCUAUUUUUGACAUACGAACAUACAUUAUGUAUUUAUAUUACCU